UAGAGGAGUUCUUUCUGUCUCUGUGUUGAAGAGAAAAGAUAUUUUCAAAAUAAAGUAUGUGUCAGCUCCAUGAGAACAGCUCAGGAGAAAGGACAGAGCGGAUUAUUUGAGUCUGGUGAGAUAUGGGGGAAGGCAGGGAGAGGGGGCAUUACGUACCACAGAACAGCUGUGAAGCCUCCCGAACUGGUACUCGAAUCAUUUCUGAUACCCCGCUGUGUCAUUUAGCGUUAGCAAGUCUGUUGGCCGUGCUGUGGUGAGGUGUGUGGAGGCUGUGGAGCUCCCAAAGCUCUGCUGUACCCAGCUGCUGUGUCCCGCUGCUGCUGUUUGGCUUCAGAGUUUUGUAACCACACGAGGAGAAGUGAGUGCUCUGCUGGGAUGCUGGUUAUGGCUAGCAGUAUUACUGGGCCUUGAUUUACUCUGACAGCGUGCAGGAGAGUGGACCAUUCAUGUGCUGUGUUCGUCUACUUUUCAUUAACUUGCAAGUCUCCCUCUCAUUUCCAGUUGUCAUCUUCUAAAUGGAUUCCAGUGAAUUUUCGGGAUCUUUGGACCCCCUGUCCUUGCCUGACAAACCACUUAUUGGUGACCUCCCCUCUGACAUGGAGUUUGGAGAAGAUCUCCUGGGCUCCCAAACAGCUUCUACCCAGGAAGUUUCAGUUCUUCAGCCCCCUGACUGGGAUCAAUCCAAGCAGAUGACUGCACAUGGGAACUUGGACCUUCUAGUGAAAGCAGACAGCCUGUCUGAACUAAACAAAUCGAAUGACCUCGUUCUAGAUAAACCUGGUGUCUUGGAUAUGCUGGAGAAACCUAACGUCUUAGAUGACUUGGAUAAAACUGCUAACCUGAUGGAGCUAGAUAAAACGGAGGGUCUGGAUGGGCUGUAUAAGGCGCAUCCUUCCCAGGACGUGGAGGAUGGACCAGCGGACUCCUCUGCCCUCUCUAGAGAAGCCCUUGUUCCAGAAGCGUGGAAAGAAGGGGAAGAUGCAUCAAAAAAUGAUUCUGGGGACCUGAAGGAAGAUGGUGCUGCUGCUAUUCCUGCACUGUCUGAUGACAACGCCCCUGAAUCGCCCCGACACCCCGUUCCUGACCCUGGGGACCUCAGCAGUGCCUCAGCCACGGAAGAGAUCACCGCACAACCCUCAAGUCCUCCAAUGGCUCCCCCACAGCUCAACCUUAAACAGACAAAGAAGACGAGGUUGAAGGCACCGAGGAAAAGCUCACCCAUGCAGAGGGAAGGGCUGGCAGGGGAAGCCGAGGUGGAACUGAGCCUGGACAACAGUGCUGCAGUUUUGCCCCCUGGGCCCAGAGAGGAAAACCAGGCAGAGGAAGGGGAUGAUAGUGGGAACAACUCAAUUAAAGAAAGUAGUGUACUGACAGCACAGGAAGCCUCACCGCCAGCAGGAGAAGGCCUGUCUGGGAAGGGGAGUGAGCUGCCAGCUGAGAAGGAGCAGAAAAGAAGUGAACGAGCCAGAAGAUCAGAAACUGCUAGGCCUGAAACUGUGAACUCCUCUGAGAGCAUUCCAGUCUCUGAUGAAGACUCUGAUGCAAUGGUGGAUGAUCCCAAUGAUGAGGAUUUUGUUCCUUUCCGUACCCGACGCUCAACUCGCAUGUCUUUACGCGCUCAGAUGGCUCAGCGAGCUGCCCGCUCCACUGUCACCAAGAUGACUUGUGCCAACUGCCGGACCCCGCUGCAGAAGGGCCAGACCGCCUACCAGCGUAAAGGGCUCCCUCAGCUCUUCUGCUCCAGCUCCUGUCUCACCGCCUUCUCAAAAAAACCACCCGGCAAGAAGAUAUGCACCUUCUGUAAAAAGGAGAUCUGGAACACCAAGGACUCUGUGGUUGCCCAAAUCGGUUCAAGCGGCUCUUUCCAUGAGUUCUGCACCUCCGUCUGCCUCUCCCUCUACGAGGCCCAGCAGCACAGACCACCACCUCAGUCCGCAGAUGCCUCGGACAUCACCCGCUGCAGCGUCUGCCACAAACCUGGCGAGAUCCAGCACGAGGUCAGCAAUGGGAACGUGGUUCACCGCAUCUGCAGCGACGCCUGCUUCACCAAGUUCCGGGCCACCAAGGGGCUGAAAACCAACUGCUGUGACAACUGCGGACUUUACAUCUACAACAAGGGCUUGCCCCUGGAGUACCUCUUCCACGAAGGCCAGCAAAAACGCUUCUGCAACUCCGCCUGUCUCAACAGUUACAAGAAGAAGAACACUCGGGUCUACCCGUGCAUGUGGUGCAAGACACUGUGUAAGAACUUCGACAUGCUGCCUAAUGUGGACCGCAGCGGCAAGAUGGGCCUCUUCUGCUCCAUUUGCUGCACUACCUCCCACAAAGUGAAGCAGUCAGGCUUGGUUGGUCCCCCUAGACCCUGCAGCUUCUGCAGAAAGAGUUUAUCUGAACCCUGCUAUUACAACAAGACAGACCGGGUUGUCUACCAGUUCUGCAGCCCCAGCUGCUGGACCAAAUUCCAGCGCACCAGCCCGGAAGGUGGGAUCCACCUCAACUGCCAUUACUGCCACAAUCUUUUCAGCGGGAAGCCGGAGAUCCUAGACUGGCAGGACAAAGUGUAUCAGUUCUGCUGCAAGGACUGCUGCGAGGACUUCAAGCGGUUGCGUGGGGUGGUGUCUCAGUGCGAGCACUGCAAGCAGGAGAAGCUGCUGCAUGAGAAGAUCCGCUUCUCUGGAGUGGAGAAGAACUUCUGCAGCGAAGGUCAAACUUCAGAGCCAAAACCGCCUGCCCCUUCCCCGCAGAAGGCAGAGACUAACAUGCUGUCAGCAAAGACCUCCUCAGCCCAGGUGUCUCCAGCCGCACCACCUCCCCCACCCCCUCCGGUUCCAGCCACCCCUCGGAAAAAUAAAGCUGCCAUGUGUAAACCACUGAUGCAGAACCGGGGUGUUUCCUGCAAGAUAGAAAUGAAGUCCAAAGGAUGUCAGACAGAGGCUGACUGGAAGCCCCAGGUGAUUGUGUUGCCAAUCCCCAUCCCGAUCUUCGUGCCUGUGCCUAUGCAUAUGUACUGCCAGAAAGUACCUGUGCCUUUCUCCAUGCCUGUCCCGGUGCCUGUGCCAAUGUUCCUGCCCACCACGCUGGAGAGCACAGAUAAGAUUGUGGAGACCAUUGAGGAGCUGAAGGUGAAGAUCCCCUCCAAUCCCCUGGAGGCUGACAUCUUGGCCAUGGCUGAGAUGAUCGCAGAGGCUGAGGAACUGGACAAGGCCUCCUCGGACCUGUGCGACCUGGUGAGUAACCAGAGUGCGGAGGGUCUUCUGGAGGACUGUGAUCUGUUUGGACCGGCACGGGAUGAUGUGUUGGCUAUGGCUGUCAAGAUGGCAAAUGUCCUCGAUGAGCCGGGCCAGGACCUGGAGGCUGACUUCCCUAAGAACCCUCUAGACAUUAACCCCAGUGUGGACUUUCUCUUUGACUGUGGGCUGGUGGGACCAGAUGAUGUGUCCACGGAGCAAGAUCUGCCUCGUGCUGUCCGAAAGGGGCAGAAGCGCCUGGUGCUCUCUGAAAGCUGUUCCCGGGACUCAAUGAGCAGCCAGCCCAGCUGCACGGUGCUCAACUACUCCUAUGGUGUGAAUGCCUGGAAGUCCUGGGUGCAAGCCAAGUAUGCAGGGGGAGAGAGCAGCAAGGGAGAGGAGCUACGCUUCGGCCCCAAGCCCAUGAGGAUCAAGGAAGACAUCUUGGCCUGCACAGCAGCUGAGCUCAACUAUGGCCUGGCCCAGUUUGUCAAGGAGAUAACACGGCCCAAUGGGGAGCGCUACGAACCAGACAGCAUCUAUUACCUCUGCCUUGGCAUCCAGCAGUACCUGCUCGAGAACAAUCGUAUGGUGAAUAUAUUUACAGACCUUUACUACCUGACCUUCGUGCAGGAGCUGAACAAGUCCCUGAGCGGCUGGCAACCCACAAUCUUACCAAAUAACACAGUUUUCUCGCGUGUCGAGGAGGAGCACCUCUGGGAGUGCAAGCAGCUGGGCGUUUACUCACCCUUUGUGCUCCUCAACACCCUCAUGUUCUUCAACACCAAAUUCUUCGGGCUGCAGACAGCAGAGGAGCACAUGCAGCUCUCCUUCACCAACGUGGUGCGCCAGUCCCGCAAGUGCACCACGGCCCGUGGCGUGACGAAGGUGGUGAGCAUCCGCUACUAUGCUCCUGCCAAGCAGAAGAAAGGCCGAGAUGGCGGCUCUGGGAAGCGGAAGCGUGAGGAGGAGGUACCCAUGCUGGAGCAGCGGGAGAACAGGAUGAACCCACUCCGCUGCCCAGUCAAGUUCUAUGAGUUUUAUCUCUCCAAAUGUCCCGAGAGUCUGCGGAACCGCAACGAUGUCUUCUACCUGCAGCCCGAACGGUCGUGCAUCGCUGAGUCCCCCCUCUGGUACUCGGUCAUCCCCAUGGACCGGAGCAUGCUGGAGAGCAUGCUGAACCGCAUCCUGGCCGUGAGGGAGAUCUACGAGGAGCACAGUCGGCUCGGCGGCCUGGAGGACGACAUGGACUAAGAGCGAGGCGCUGCCGGGCUGUGCUGUGCCCCAGCCCCGGAUGCCUCGUCUCCCUGCCCCCCGCUGCGGGGGCCGUGCAGCGCGGGAGGGGACGGUGCUGCAGCAGUGCUGUCCCUUCAUCCUUCCCGGACUCGGACAUCCCAUCCUGCUCGUUACAGGCCUCUCCUAUGUACGUGGUCCCCGUGCUCAGCCCUGCCUCCUGUCCCAGCUGCUGGGUGAGCUGUCUUCCCCGGGGCCAGUCCCCACAGCACAGGGGUGGUGGAGCCCCCCCAGGGCAGCUUCCCUUGCCCAGCCCUGUCCCCCCCAUGCCUUCCAGCCCCCUUCUCCCCCUGCCCCGGGGCAGGAACCGCACAAUACGGCAGAGCGCCGUCUGGGACCAGCAGCCCUGAGGCUUUGAAUUCCCCCUUCCUUUUGCAUCCCCUCACCAGGCUGCGGGUGGCACGGGCAGGGACGGUAGCUCUGCUGCCGCCUGCGGCAGGAUGGUGUUUUCAAACCAGUGGGGAAGGACCACGGGCAGCCUGAGGGGUGGUGGGUCAGGAGGAGGGCUUGUUCACAGGGGUGGGAGACAUUUGGGUGGGCUGCAAGGGGUGGAGGGAGCCAGCGCUGGAACGUGAGGGCAGAGACCUGGCCUCGCCGUGGGGCAGCUCCCUCAUACCCAGCCAGGCUGCCUCCCGCCGUUUGGUCAAUCUUUGCUGAGUCAGCAGGAAACUGACGGAGGUAGGUCUGCGCCAGUGCCCUCCCUGUCUCCCCGCUGCUCCCCGUCCUGGCAUAGGUGCAAGGUGCCAGCAGUGGGUCCCUCUGCUCCAGCCAAGGGCUUGGGCAGCCGCUGGCAGGGGUGAGGAACUCUGCCCGGCCUCCCCCUCCCUCCCAAAGCCGUGGGGUGCCAGCACCCUGCCCGGGGUGAGCCUGGCUCCGACUGUGCCACUGCCUCCUGCCCCUCCUUGUGUUCUGGUCAGUUUUCUUGAGCUGUACAUGGGUCUCCUGUUGAGCCUGUAUAUAUUGUUCUGGGCCCUGGCCCGGGGCCCUCUGUUCUCUGUGUCCAUGUGGAGAGUGAGCCGCUCACCAGUCUUGUUGUAGUGAUGCCAGGGCGGUAGGACUAACCCUGUGUCUCUGGGAACCAUUCAUUUCAAAUAAAGAUGCAGAAAACUU